GCGGAGUGCACCUGUGACUUUUUGUCUCAUCUUGCGCAAAAGAACCAAAUAACGAGCAACGUCCCUCGAAGUCAAGUGUGUUUAUGGGAAAUACGUUUGUAGCUCGCGCCAGCGACCACGGCUAGUUGUAGCCAAAAGCCGCCGAGCAAGGAUACGGGAGGCGUCCUCAGCACGCUGCCCAUCGCCGAACUCGCACAUUUACAGAGAUUAUACCUCACUACUAGACUUUCAUAAUGGCGAGCACCCUGCGCCGCCGAGUUCCCGGCAACGACACACCGUCUGAAACGCCGAUAUCGCGCGAUGGGAGUCCCGACGAGCCCGAGAAAGUCAAGAGUGUUGUUCAUCACCAUCGGCCAAAAACACGGAAGCGCAGAAAUACGGCCAUUUUUUUGCUUGGAAGCCUCUUCGGUAUCAUAGCAGCGGGGUUUUUCGCAAAAAGCAGUGACUUGAUAGAUUUCCCUGAGAUUGGGGAGCUGAGCAUGGACAGCUUUCUGGACGUUCUCCCAGCCGGACUGGUUAAGGAUAUGCGCGAGUUGAUCAUUGGUGAACGCGCCUUUCUCGAGAGCUACGACGCCUUCUCGGUUGGCCUCAAGGUUCGCUCCGAGGGGUUCGAGGCGCACCACCCCAUGGUCAUGGUGCCCGGCGUCAUAUCGACAGGUCUCGAGUCCUGGGGAACUUCGAACGUGUCCCUCCCAUACUUUCGAAAACGUUUAUGGGGCAGCUGGAGCAUGAUGAGAGCCCUAGUUCUGGACAAGGAGACCUGGAAAGCCCAUAUCAUGCUGGACAAAAAGACGGGCCUGGAUCCACCGGGCAUCAAGCUGCGAGCUGCGCAAGGCUUCGACGCCACCGACUUCUUCAUCACAGGCUACUGGAUCUGGAAUAAAAUCCUCGAAAACCUGGCAUCCCUGGGCUACGACCCUAUAAACUCCUACACGGCAGCUUAUGACUGGCGGCUGGCGUAUCCCAACUUAGAAAAACGAGAUCACUAUUUCACAAGGUUGAAGGCACAUAUUGAGUUGGCUGUGCAGCUCCAAAAGAGGAAAGUCGUUCUUACGUCACACAGCAUGGGGAGCCAGGUUGUCUUCUACUUUUUUCACUGGGUUGCCUCGAAACACGGCGGCCAAGGGGGCGAUGAUUGGGUUGAGAAGCAUAUCGAGUCAUGGAUCAACGUUAGCGGGUGUAUGUUGGGGGCGCUCAAGGACGUCUCCGCCCUCCUCUCCGGCGAGAUGCGCGACACUGCACAGCUGAAUGCCUUCGCUGUCUACGGACUCGAGAAGUUCCUGAGCAAGUCGGAGCGGGUCGAUAUCUUCCGUGCCAUGCCGGGUAUGUCAUCCAUGCUGCCAAUUGGGGGCAGUGCUAUCUGGGGUGAUCUUGACGGUGCGCCCGAUGAUCAGCCAGGCCAGGAGCAUAGCUACGGUUCAUUCCUGAACUUCCGAAGGGGCCAAAACUGGACGACGCCUGACCGGAAUUUCACCGUGGAAGAUGCUAUGAAGUACCUUCUUGACAUAUCAGAGGACUGGUACAGGGACCAGGUGACAGGAACCUACUCUUGGGGGGUUGCACAAACCACCGCUGAAGUUGAAGCAAACGAAGAUGACCCAAAGAAAUGGAUCAAUCCUUUGGAAACCCGGCUCCCACUCGCACCCAGUUUGAAAAUCUACUGUUUCUACGGAGUAGGCAAGCCGACGGAACGAGGGUACUACUACCGCCCCCCCGAACCCGGCUCGUUCACCAACUUGAAUAUGACAAUCGACACGGGUCUGACGCAGGGCAUGGUUGACCACGGUGUUGUCAUGGGCGAAGGAGAUGGGACAGUCAAUCUCAUGAGCACCGGCUACAUGUGCAACCGUGGGUGGCAGAUCAAGCGAUACAACCCGGCCAAGGUCAAGGUUACGGUCGUUGAGAUGCCGCAUGAGCCGGAACGCUUCAACCCCCGGGGCGGGCCUAACACGGCCGACCAUGUUGACAUCCUGGGCAGGCAAAAUCUCAACGAAUUCAUUCUCAAGAUCGCGGCCGGAAGGGGGGAUACGAUAGAGAACCAUAUCGUCAGUAAUAUCCGCGAGUAUGCCGCGAAGGCUAAGGUGUACGAAGAGGAAGAUGAAAAAGCCAUUGCGGAUCGCAGUGUGGCAACCUGAGUGAUAGCUAUAAGGGCGUUUUGGGGUCGACUUCAGUGUAUGUAAUCCGUAGAGUCGAGUUCUCGGUCGAGCGGGGGUGUCUGCUUCGACAAAGCACUCGUCGAGUUUUUGUAACGUGGUACUCCGUAGUUUGAUACCCUGUUUUGAUGGGCUGAAACUAAGCACGACGAAUUGGCGCGGUACGCCGACUUCGUUCACCAGUACGAUCGUCUCAUGAGGAGCAGGUUCCUGCGCAAGGAGCGGUUUCGCUGCGAUCGGCACAGCCGGGAUUUGUGUGCAAAAGCAAUGGAGGAUGCUGGGGUAACUUCGCAGAG